UUUGCUGCAUCCUGAGCUCAAGUAGUGCAGUGAUCUGUCUUCAUCUCCUGCACCAUGCUGCUAUCGUUUCAGUGGUUGUAUUUGGUCUUUUUAUUCUAUCUGACAAGCCUCACAGACGUGGAGGCUCAGUUUCCACACGCCUGUACGACACAGGAGGCCCUGGACACCAAGACAUGUUGUCCCCCCUGGAAAGAUGGUUCUCCUUGUGGACAAAACUCAAGACGAGGGAUCUGUGCAGCACCUGCUAGAGAAACCCUCUCACCAUUUGACUACAGGGUGGACUGGCCAAGCGCCUUCUAUACUUAUGUGUGUAAAUGCUUUGACAACUAUGAUGGAUUUGACUGUGGUGUGUGCCUCCCGGGUUGGAAAGGACCCGACUGUACAGAACCGCACCACGUGGAAAGGAAAGAGAUAACAGAUAUGAAUGAUUCUGAGAGGGAGAGUUUCCUCUCAAGCCUGGACCACGCAAAACACAACACCAGCAACCGUUACAUGAUCCUUACCAGCAAUGACACAACAGUGUUCAGCAACUUUAAAUUUCACAGCGCAACUGUCUAUGAUCUGUAUGUAUGGUUGCACUACUAUGCAGCAAAGAAGUAUGCUGAUACUGAGGACGACGCUGCGCACCGGGGUCCUGCUUUCCCAUUCUGGCACAGAGUGUUCCUACUCUUUAUUGAGAGGGAGAUCAGAUUGCUCACAGGGAAAGAAGAUUUCUACAUUCCGUAUUGGGACUGGACCAGACACACCAACUGCAACAUCUGCAACAAUGACUACUUUGGAGCAGUUGGCCCAGAUGGUCUUAUAGACAAGGCCUCCCGAUUCUCAAAGUGGAAGACCGCAUGUGUUCUUGACGAAGGUCUUGGUAUGAUCUGCAGCCGCCCAGAUGACCCUUCACCUGCACCUAUAACCCGAAAACCUGGAAUGGAUCAAACUGCCGACACUUUGCCGAACAUGGGUGAUGUUAAUGACAUGCUGGGAACUGACAAUUAUGACACACCUCCAUAUAACGGCAGAUCCAGGAACAGCUUCAGGAGCAAACUAGAGGGUUUUGACAUUCCUCAAGAUUCCCGACACCUGCAGUCCUCUAUGCACAACCUGGUCCACGAUUACUUGAAUGGCACAAUGUCUCACCUCCCCACUGCAGCCAAUGACCCCCUGUUCAUGGUACACCACAGCUUCGUUGACAAGCUUCUUGAAGAGUGGUUGCAGCGCCACAAGAAUGCAAGCUACCCUGUGAGUGAUGAAAUCCAUAAAGCCCAGAGAGGGGAUGCAUUCAUGGCCCCGUUCUUUCCUCUACGCGCCAACGCCUGGUACUGGGACAAAAGCACAUUGAGCCUGGGUUACAGCUACAGGGCACACAGCAUCCCCCACCCUGGACUCAAUCACGGCGCCACAAGACAGGCUGAAGGUGGAGCAGGAUCUACUACGUAUCAAAUUUGGAUUAAAGAGAAGAAUGGGAGCACUGACAAGUCAUUGUCUUCGAUUGAUGUCCAAGGUUAAGAGUGUAUAGGCCAGCUAUUUUAUAACAGAAUGUAAUUGGACUUAGAUGGGCUGGGUGUUAUAUAAUCUAUAGGUUACAACUAAGACUUAAUUCAAUAUUAGUUCAUCCAGGGAUUUUUUCUAAUUGAUGUGAGAGAAACUGUGAUCAUGAUGUGUUUUCAUCACAGCAACAUUGGGACAUUUGUUUGAAUGUCAUCAUGUCGACCUGGAUGUGUUGGCAUUAACGUCCAUUGUCACUAAUGACAUUGUCGCAAAUGUCCAUUGUAGCGAAUGAGCAUUAGCUCUUGGUAAACUUUUGGGGAAAAGGGUCUAUUAGGACUGAUAUGGUGAUAGUUUUGUACUUGGAGCUUUGCUAAAGAGUGGCGUGGAAUAUAUAAAGGAGAGAUGAUUUCUUUGUUAAGAUUUAGAGGUCUUGCACUUAUACUGAGUGUUGUGUGUAACUAUACUCUCCAUGAUCAAGAUAAUAAAAGAGUAUUUCACCUGA